GACAAUGAAAUCAGCGCAUCCUUACUCAUAUGGAGGGUGGAGUUCAGGCUCCCAGUUUGGCAGGACGGCCUUCCCGCGUGGCUGUGAUCCUCACGGAGGGACAAGCAAGCUACAAAGUUCCUGACAAUUGCUGGAGUUACAGCCUUGGUGACCGACAUUUUCGUGAAUUUCUGAGCGGGAUCCUCUGCGGGGCGGCACAGAAUCCUCACCGCUUCUCACAGCUCCGGUCACACCUGUUGCUCAGGGCGGGUAUGGCAGAGAACACAGCCGCUGAGCAUCCUCUAUUCACAGGAGCUUCAUGCGUUUUGGUUUUUCUGAGCUGUUUGGGGUCUACGCUGUGCGCUGAUGUACACUCUCUUAGUUGCAACUUGAUCAUCAGGGCUCCUACCAAAGCAGAACCUCUCUGGUAUGAAGGACAGUGUUCAAUGGAUGGAAAUGUUUUCCUUUCUUCUAAUAACGUGAACAAGACCAUGCCUUUGGGUAACCAGGAGAAGAUGGCAAAUGCCACCGAAGUGUGGAAAUGUGUGACCCAGUGGAUAGACCUAUUGGGCCAGGACUUAAGGGACAAGGUGUCUGAAAUCAAAGUGCACACACCCAAGACCAGUGGUCACCCCACUUUAUGGGUCACCAUGCUUUCUAACCACAGCCAUGGACAAAUCAUUAGUGCUUCCUGGGAACUCAACAUCAGUGAGAAUUAUUCCUUCAUCUUGGACCUAAAGACUAUGAAGUGGAAACUGAUUAAUCCUGUACCAGAGGACAUCAUGAAAGAAUGGAAAGAUGAUAAGACAUUAAUGAAACAUCUGAAUUUGUUCAUAGUAGAAUGCAGUCCGAAAUUCAAUGAAUUCUUAAAUCAGCACGAGGAAAGAACAAGAUCAACAACAAGGGCCCCAGAUAUCACCCAGCCUCCACCUACCAGCCAGGUUCCUUAUAAGGAAGUAUUGAUCCCUGUAGGACUCAUCAUUUCCAUCAUCUUUAUUAUUUUCAUUUGCAUAUGUGUGAAGAGGAUGUGUUGUCCCCAAGGAGGUAGAGAACUUCAGCUGCUCAAGGACUACUGCAUCAACUGCCACAAGCCACAGAGGAAUGAGGGGCUAGAGGAGACAAAAGGAGAGGUUCCCAACCAGAGAACCAAAAUGUUGUCCCAGGAGGAAGAUCCCAAGACAUUGGGAGGCCCAAGGAGGGCAUCAGAAUCUGUGGAACUGGAGUUACAGAUGUUUUCAAGUACUGGGAGCUGAACCGAGGACAUCUCCAAGAACAGCAAGGGAUCUUAACUACUGAGCCUUCACGCCAAACGAUAAAUGAAUUUUUCCUUUAAAAAUGAUUUUUAUUUUGUUUAUGUAUAUGAGUACACUGUCUCUGUCUUCACACACACCAGAGGUGGGCAUCAGAUCCCAUCACAGAUCGCUCUGAACCACUAUGUGUUGCUGAGAGUUGAACUCAGGACCUCUGGAGAGUGAGCAGUUCUCUUAACUGCCCAGCCAUCUCUUCAGAUUAAUAAAUUUCUUAAAAAGAAAAUAUGGCCUUAAUAUUAUUCAAUACAGGGGAAGGCCUUAACCAAACUUCACGAUAAAGUUGAAUGUUUCAGAUUCACUCACAGUAAAAUGACCAUGGAGUGUAAUGGCCAGUUAUGACGUCAUUUGUAGCAUUGGAGCAUAAAGGUUUGGUCAGAGGGGCACACAGUUGCUCUAAGAGAAAUGCCAAGUAAUACCACCAUAUCUAAUGAAACCUGUAAAUAUAAGGUAUGUGCUUCACAGUUUUAUGUGAG